AUGCUGAAGACCCGGCAGUGUUUACUUGGCAUCCGCACUUUUCUCGGCGUUACGUCCAGAAUAUGGGGCUUCAUCAUGUACAUCCUCAGGAAGCACUUGAGAACGAUAAUCCAGUAUCAAACAGUUCGAUAUGACAUGUUGCCUUUGUCUCCAAUCUCCAGAAACCGACUCAAUGCAGUAAAGCGGAAGAUCUUGGUCCUGGACUUGGAUGAAACACUUAUCCACUCACAUCAUGACGGGGUCUUACGGCCCACAGUUAGACCAGGCACACCUCCAGACUUUAUUCUUAAAGUAGUCAUUGAUAAACAUCCAGUCAGAUUCUUUGUACAUAAAAGACCUCAUGUGGAUUUUUUCUUAGAAGUGGUGAGUCAGUGGUAUGAACUGGUGGUAUUUACCGCCAGUAUGGAGAUCUACGGCUCAGCAGUAGCCGACAAGUUGGACAAUAACAGAAACAUCCUGAAACGCAGAUAUUACCGACAGCACUGUACAUUGGAUCUAGGUAGUUAUAUUAAAGAUCUAUCUGUCGUCCACGACGAUCUCUCCAGUAUUGUCAUCCUGGACAACUCGCCUGGUGCUUAUCGCAGUCAUCCAGACAAUGCAAUACCUAUUAAGUCUUGGUUCAGCGAUCCAAGUGACACUGCACUUCUUAACUUGCUGCCUAUGUUGGAUGCGCUAAGGUUUACCGCCGAUGUCCGGUCUGUCCUCAGUCGAAACCUCCAUCAACACCGCCUCUGCGUUUCGAGUCGACGCAAAACCUUUACUGCACAUCCCGGAGUGACCGACUGUUCGUCUGUCAUCUCUCUAACCAUGAAGUUCCAAUACAAAGAAGAGCAUCCAUUUGAGAAGAGAAGGUCUGAAGGCGAGAAAAUAAGGAAGAAAUAUCCGGAUAGGGUACCAGUAAUUGUGGAGAAAGCCCCCAAAGCCAGAAUAGGAGAUCUGGACAAGAAAAAAUAUCUUGUUCCUUCGGACUUGACUGUGGGCCAGUUUUACUUCCUUAUCCGGAAAAGAAUCCACUUACGUGCUGAAGAUGCCCUCUUCUUCUUUGUAAACAAUGUCAUUCCACCCACUUCAGCUACUAUGGGGCUCUUGUACCAGGAACAUCAUGAGGAGGACUUUUUCCUCUACAUUGCCUACAGUGAUGAGAGUGUUGUUAUUUGGUCACGCUCUUUUAAACACCACAUUGCUACCACAAUUCGGUUAACUAAGUGGAAGGCGAUUAACAAAGCGACAAAGCUGGCCCCACCACUGCCUGUCACCAUGCCCGCUCUGUUGGAGAGACCGAAGCUGUCCAACGCCAUGGCCAGAGCCCUUCACAAACACAUCAUGAGGGAAAGAGAACGGAAGAGACAAGAAGAGGAAGAGGUGGAUAAAAUGAUGGAACAAAAGAUGAAGGAGGAGGAAGAGAGAAAACGCACAAAAGAAAUAGAGGAAAGAAUGUCUUUGGAAGAAACCAAAGAGCAGGUUAUGAAGAUGGGAGAAAAACUUCAGGGGCUUCAGGAGGAAAAACAUCAACUAUUUUUACAGCUCAAAAAAGUACUUCAUGAAGAAGAGAAGAGGCGUAGAAAGGAACAGAGUGAUAUCACAACACUGACUUCAGCUAGCUAUCAACAAAGUCUGCCUAUGCAUGCUGGACAGCAUCUCCUUAACAUUCAAGGUGGUUCAGUCUCACACAGUCGAACAGGAGCCUUGCUUGGAGAACGGAGCAAGCAACUUUUCCCAACCACUGUUAUUCCAGGACGCCAUUAUCAGACACCAGGGUUUAGCUCAGGUUCAGCUGAGCACAGCCAGUACUCUGGGGGUCAGGGUGUGCAUGACUCUUACGGCGUGGCACAAUCUCAGCAUCCAUCCACAUACGCCCCUGGACCUUCUGUACCAGUCAGCUUCGCCAGCAGCUCACAGAUAAGAGGUGCAUCUGCGUUUCAGGCAAUGCAGUACCUUCCACAUCAGCAGGCCGGGUAUCCAGUCCACACUCAUUUCACUUCUCAGCCUGGAUACAUCCCUGGAGCAGGUAUUCCUCUCCAAAAGCAGUUGGAACAUGCAAAUCAACAAUCUGGCUUUACGGAUGCAGGUGCUUUGAGACCCAUGCACCCCCCAGGUAUGCAUCCCUCGGCUCCCGGGCUUUUACCUACACCGUCAAUGGGAGUCCAGAUUCCUACGGCUAAAGCUCCUUUCCAGAGCUCUCCUCAAAGCGCUCCACGUCACGGUUUCCUCCCUCACAGUCAGAGCAGCCAGAGGUUUUACCACCACGGCAAGUAA